AUUCGUACGAUCUCGUCGUGUUGAGCACUGUCACUAAGCAAAGCAAAGAAGGCUGAUCAUGAACUUUGGUGGACAAACUCCCACGGUCGUUGUUCUCAAGGAGGGGACCGACACGUCCCAAGGAAGAGGACAAAUCAUCUCCAAUAUCAACGCAUGUCUCGCCAUCCAGGACACAUUGAAGCCAACGUUGGGGCCAUUGGGGUCUGACAUUCUCAUUGUUGAUGGACGUGGCAAGACCACGAUCUCCAACGAUGGUGCCACCAUCCUCAAGCUGCUCGACGUGGUCCAUCCGGCUGCGCAGAUCCUUGUGGACAUCUCGAGGGCCCAGGACGCGGAGGUUGGUGAUGGUACCACCAGUGUUACCAUCAUUGCCGGUGAGCUGCUGAAGGAGUCCAAGGCUUUCAUCGAGGAGGGCAUAUCGUCGCAUGUCGUUGCAAAGGGCUACAGAAAAGCUGUUUCGCUGGCUGUUGAGCGAGUCCGUGAAUUGAGCGUUAAAAUUGAUAAGAGCAAUAGCUCUGAGGAAGAGUACAGGGAAUUGCUCGAGAGAUGUGCGAGAACGGCCAUGUCUUCCAAGUUGAUCAACAACAACUCGGACUUCUUUGUGAAGAUGGUUGUCGAUGCUGUGCUUUCGCUUGACCAGGACGACUUGAACGAGAACCUCAUCGGGAUCAAAAAGAUUGCAGGUGGUGGCAUCGAGGAAUCUCAGUUCAUCAAUGGUGUUGCAUUCAAGAAGACCUUCUCCUAUGCUGGAUUCGAGCAACAGCCAAAGAAGUUCACCAACCCAAAGGUGCUGUGCUUGAACGUUGAGCUGGAGUUGAAGGCGGAAAAGGAUAACGCAGAGGUGCGUGUUGAGAAAGUCGAUGACUACCAGGCCAUUGUCGAUGCCGAAUGGCAAAUCAUCUUGAACAAGCUGAAGCUCAUCGAGGAAACCGGUGCCAACAUUGUGUUGUCCAAGCUGCCUAUCGGUGAUCUGGCAACACAAUACUUUGCAGACAGAAACAUCUUCUGUGCCGGUCGUGUUGCUUCUGAAGAUAUGGAUCGUGUCAUCAGUGCUGUUGGUGGGUCCAUACAGUCGACUCCAACAGAUAUAAAACCAGAGCAUCUUGGCACGUGUGAAUACUUCGAGGAGGUACAGAUAGGCUCAGAGAGAUACAACAUCUUCAAAGGUUGUCCUGAAGCAAAGACGUGUACGCUAUUGUUACGUGGUGGUGCUGAGCAAGUCAUCGCAGAGGUGGAAAGAUCGUUACACGAUGCCAUUAUGAUUGUUAAAAGAGCAGUGCAAAAUAACGAAGUUGUCGCAGGAGGAGGUGCUGUUGAGAUGGAGAUUUCUAAGUAUCUCAGGGACUAUUCAAAGAAGAUUGCGGGUAAGGAACAGCUCAUCAUCAGUGCGUUUGCCAAAGCUCUGGAGGUGAUCCCAAGACAACUGUCUGAGAAUGCCGGUUUCGAUGGAACAGAUCUCUUGAACAAGCUGAGAAUGGCACACGCUAAGGGCGAACAAUGGUGUGGUAUUGAUUUCCAGGCCGAGACCAUUGGUGAUAAUUUCGAGAAGUUCAUCUGGGAACCUGCCCUUGUGAAGAUCAACGCCUUCUCCAGUGCCACUGAGGCUGCCAUCCUUGUGCUAUCGGUUGAUGAGACCAUCAAGAACAAGGAAUCAGCAGCUCCAAACGCUGGCAUGGCCCCACCACCUGGAAGAGGAAGAGGCAUUCCACGUUGA